CCCGAGGGUCAGCAGCUCCUGAACACAAAAUAUUGAUCAUCUGCACACGGCGCUGCACCCCAAAGUGGGACACUGAGCUGGAACCAGUCUGUGGUGAACAGGCAGUAAAGUGUGCAGUCUGCUCCCGAAGGAAAGUUUCUUAGGUUGGUGUUUUUUUUGAAAGUGGGAUAUUUUUCUGCGGGUCGGCAUGAAGCCAGCGGUGGUUCUGCUGGGCCUCGUCCUCCUGCUGGACGCCACCUUUGCUGCAGAAGAGACCUGUGUGCGUCGCUGCGGCACCUUCGACCCGCUGAGGAAAUGUCAGUGUGACUCCAUGUGUGUGUACUACGGAAGCUGCUGUGGGGAUUUUGACACCAUUUGCCCUAAAAAGAUUGCCCGCGGCGACACUUUCGAGGAGACGGAUGAGGUCACAGAAGCAGCGACGACUCCCAUCAUGGCCGCUGUGACGAUGCAACCAACCUUCGACGCGGCUGCAGUAACCCGCCCGGCCUCUCCUCCACCGCCCACCACAGCAGGACCCACAUCAGCCGUGGACCCUGACGCGGCGCCCUGCAGCGGUCGAGCUUUUGACGCCUUUCUGCAGCUGAAGAACGGGUCCAUCUACGCGUUCAGAGGUGAAUAUUUCUUCGAGCUGGAUGACAAGUCCAUACUUCCCGGUUACCCUAAACUCAUCCAGGAUGUGUGGGGGAUCCCCGGGCCCAUCGACGCUGCAUUCACACGCAUCAACUGCCAGGGGAAGUCCUACAUCUUCAAGGGGAACAAGUACUGGAGGUUUGAGGGUGACGUCCUGGAUGAGGACUUCCCACGAUACAUUUCAGUCGGCUUCGACGACAUACCAGAUAACAUCGAUGCCGCGUUUGCCGUUCCCGCACCGAGUCACCGGGGCAAAGAGAAAGCCUACUUUUUCAAAGGUGACAAGUAUCACCAGUAUGAGUUCAAGCACCAGCCCUCCCACGAGGAGUGCGUCCACAUGAGCAGGUCGUCCCCGUCAGUGCUGUUCACGAGCUACACGGACAUCUACUGCGAGGACACCCUGGAGAGUCUCUUCACGGACCUGUUUGGAAGCUCCUUCAGCAGCGACCGAACAGGCCCACGUUACACCAGCAGGGACUGGCAGGGCAUCAGGUUCCCUGUCGACGCUGCCAUGGUGGGACGAGUCCACCUCAGUCCCAAGCCCACAUCUCCUCCACCGGCCAGGAGACGGAGCAGUCGGAGGAGGAGGCCCACGAAGAAGAGAGGAAGGAAGAGUCGCCAUGUGUUCGAUGACCUGUUCGGUUUAGACGACUUGUUGGACUACAGCGUAUACAACGACUACAACGACUUCCUCGUUGAGAGCGCCCCAAGGACACAAGAGCACACCCCAGUUCAAAAUGUGUACUUUUUCAAGAAAGAUAAAUACUACAGAGUGGAUCUGAAGAGGAAACGUGUGGACUCCGCCAUCCCUCCUUACCCACGAUCCAUUGCAAAAUACUGGCUGGGCUGUGAGCGCGAGGACACACCUGACGCCGCGAGGGCAGAGAAGAAGAGAUAGGCUGGAGGGAAAAACCUGACAUCUGUGAUAAUUCUCAAAUUAACCACAACGUGAACGUAUAAAUAGCUUCUGUUAUUUAGUUGUUACAGAUUUCUUCUUCAUGACUGACACCACAACGUCCCUCUGUAUGUGUUUGUAUAUGUAGGCUGAUCGGCUGAAAAUCUGCAUGAUUAAUAAACUUUAAUAAGAUUAAAAGAAUUAAAAGAAUGUUUGCGUCUG